AUGAUAAUGGUUUAAUUCGUGUCGGGGGGAGAAUAAGACGAGCUAACAAGAUUAGUUUCGAUCAAAAACAUCCUAUAUUAUUACCUAGUCGUAACAAAGUGACUGACUUAUUAAUCCGAGACUCACACGAAAAACAUUUUCACACUGGUAUACAAUCCACGCUUUUUAAUUUGCGACAAAGAUAUUGGUUAAUCGAUGGAAAAAAUCAAAUUCGGUUUAUUGUGCAAAAAUGUAUACGGUGUAGACGCUUUCAACAUUCAACAGGCGAUUAUCAAAUGGCUGAUUUACCCGAGUCACGAGUGAACAAUGAUUUUGCAUUUAAUCAUACUGGAAUUGACUAUUUCGGGCCGAUAUUUAUAAAAGAGAAAAAGUUUCGAAAUCGCAACACGAUUAAAGUUUACGGGUGCAUUUUUGUAUGUAUGUCUUCGCGUGCUGUAUACAUUGAUAUAGUGAGUGAUUUGUCCUCAGAAGCGUUUUUAAGUGCAUUAAGACGAUUUAUUUCCCAUUAUAGUGCUCCGUCUCACAUAUACUCUGAUAAUGGUACAAAUUUUGUCGGUGCGAAUAGACAGUUGCAUGAAUUAUACGCAUUAAUGGAUACUGAUGAAUUCAAAAGAAAGAUUGCAAAUUAUGCGACAUUUAAAAGAAUAAAAUGGCAUUUUAACCCGCCUAUUUCACCUCACUUCGGAGGCUUAUGGGAGGCUGCUGUUAAGUCAUGCAAACAUCACCUCAAACGUGUUAUGGGCAACCAAUUAUUCACGUACGAGGAAUUGAGCACUUUAACUUUAGAGAUCGGAGCAAUUUUGAAUUCACGACCUUUAUGGCCAAUAUCAACCGAUCCUAACGAUCUGGUUGCUUUGUCGCCUGCACAUUUUUUAAUCGGUAAACCCCUUACGAUGUUACCUGAAAUUGAUGUAACUGAUGUUCCUGACAAUCGACUAAAUGCUUGGCAAAGAAUCACAAAGGCUAAACAGUGGUUUUGGCGUAGAUGGCAACUCGAAUACUUGACUGGUUUGCAAAAGCGUAAAAAAUGGAUACAUCCACAAGAAAACAUUAAACUUGAUCAGAUUGUAAUAUUAAUUGAUAAAAAUCAACCAUGCCUUCAGUGGCGGUUGGGGCGAGUAAUUGAAUUGCAUCCGGGGGAUGAUGGCGUCGUGAGAGUGGUCACUUUAAAAACUUCGCAAGGCGUAUUUAAAAGAAAUGUUAGAUCACUGUGCCUUCUGCCAAUUGAAUGAACAUAACAAUGUAUUUAAAAAAAAAAAUUGUUUUGUUGUUUGCAUUGUUCGAUUUAAUUCAUAAUUGUUAUUAUAAUGAAUAAUAUAAUGUUGUUCGUUUUUUCUGAACUC